GAUCCCCGUCCUUUUUCUUUAAACCCCUCCCUUCCCCAGCGCAACAAAAACCCUAAUCUUUUGGAUAUCAGGUCGCCGCUGACGGCGCGGGGAGAGAUGGUUCGGCCGUACGGCGUGAAGGGGCGAAAGCUCAAGAAGCGAAAGGUGGAAGAACCGGCGCCAGUUGAGGAGGAGGAGGAGGAGGUGCUCUCCGACGAGGGAGAAGGCGUCGGCGUUGAAGAGGAGACCGGAAAUGGAGGGGAGAUUGCGGAGACCGAGGACGAGAAGAGGGCGGAGGAGGCCGUUAACGAGAUGCCCGGCAUCCCGAUCACCGCGCCGGUCGAUAAAACGAAGCGGCCGGGGGUCGUAUUCGUCCUCGAGAAGGCGUGUUUGGAGGUCGGCAAGGUCGGGAAGAAUUUCCAGAUCCUGAACUCGGAUGAUCAUGCAAAUUACCUAAAGAAGCAGAAUAGGAAUCCUGCCGAUUAUCGGCCUGACAUUAUUCAUCAGGCACUUCUUGCAAUAUUUGAUAGCCCCCUAGCCAAGGCUGGUAGACUGCAGGCUGUCUAUGUAAAAACAGAAAAAGGAGUGCUUUUUGAAAUUAAACCAUAUGUCCGCAUUCCAAGGACUUUCAAGCGAUUCUGCGGUCUUAUGUCACAAUUGUUACAAAAGUUAAGCAUAACUGCUGUUGGCAAGCGGGAGAAGCUUCUUAAUGUAAUAAAGAACCCUGUAACUCGCCACCUGCCUGUCAAUUCCAGGAAAAUAGGUCUCUCAUACAGUUCAGAAAAGUUGGCUAACUUGUGUAAUUAUGUUGCUGCUGCUAGCGACGACGCUACCCUUGUUUUUGUGGUCGGUGCAAUGGCACAUGGAGUGAUCGAUAAGGAAUACAUUGAUGAUUUUAUAUCAAUUUCAGAAUACCCUCUCAGCGCAGCAUGCUGCUUAAACAGGAUUUGCAGUGCCUUUGAGCAGAAAUGGAGGAUCACAUGAACGUUUCUUCCGGUGACUAAGCUGGCAAUUGCUGAAAGUAAUCAGCCAUCAGUCUGUUUGCUUUGAGCUUAUUGUUCUCACAAAUCAGUUCUUGCAACUGAGGCCCCUGUAGAAGUGUGUUGCCAAGCUGAUGGGCUGGAAACUCGACACACUGUUAAAUUCUGACUGUAACUGACGAUCAGAUAUUCUUUUACCAUUGAACUGGAACUCGGAAAAAUAUAUACUCUUUGGAUGCG